AGCGCAUCUUUCACCUCCCUGUCUAUCGGACACCCAUUGAUACGCAUGCGCUUCUACGCUCACACUGUGGACAAGAUUGCAGCUAGAUGCUACCUUAUGCUGGCGAUUCCGAAAGAAUGACUAGGGUCCUAACCGGCUUCCUCGGGGCAUAGGUUCCGUCAUGCACAGCCUCACCUGUCCGGGCGGUGAUGAAAGGACGAGUUUGUAUACCGGGUCUCAGGGUGCACAAGAAUGGCAUCACAAACACAGGGCUCGCCUUGUGCCGUUCGCCACCGCAAUAAGGGCGACUAAGCUACACAACGUGUUACCUGGCACCUAAGCACAUGCACGUUUUACGACACUAAAAACCGGGGUCAUCGUUCACUGACAGCCACUUGCUUCCGUUUUGAAUGGAAACAAAAAGGAUACCAUUGUUCUAUGAUUGUUAACUCAGGGCGGCAACACAGCUUACGAAGUGGAAAGUAUCACGCAUUCACUCCGCCAUUCAGUCGUUAUUAUUGCUAAGGCCUUGAUCCCAUCGACACGGUUUGGCGCUUACUUUAGACGCCCGUGAACCUGUUGUAAAGUGAUGGUACUGAGGUGUGAUCACAGGUUGAAUACUUCAGCAGAAUUCGCUCAAGCGCUAAUCGUACCUUGAUUGCUCGUGACGUCUCACCUUCGUUCUGGGCUCCCCGCUCGACCGCCCGGCAAAUUCGACAAACCUUGAAGGAGCGUUCAUCCGAGGAGACACGCUUUCCUUGAAACAUUUCAACAAGCACAACUCAACAAUAACACAAUGGAAGUAUUACUCUCACUUUAGCCUACGCGCCUACACGAACUCAAAAAAGAUGGUCCACAUUUAGUUAAAUUCAUAUGGGUCUUUGUGGCGUCGGGUACCUUACAACGCAACUGCCGUCGCGUUUGUACUUGGCCUGUUUUCGUUAUUCGUUAAAGCGACAGGGGCUAUCUGGAACGCAGUCCAAUGGGUUAAGGUUAUAACAGAGA